UGAAGUUGUUUGAACAGCGUUCGUCUGCACAAAUUGGCGCCUCCCUCGAUCAGGGCAGCAACCCAGUGAAGUUCUGAUCGCAGUGUUUUAGGGAGCUGGCAGCAGUUUCUUGCGAUCUGCUGGAUUCCGUUUGUGUCUACUAUCCCCUGGCCAAGCAUUGCUUCCCUGCCCGUGCAGCAAGUUUUCUGUUCGGAAAGUUUGGUGCUCGAAGAAAGCAGGGAGGUUCAGAACUGCGUUACGGCGCUGUCCAGCUUAGUGCAGCUCAGAUGAAGAGUUCCAAUCGCUUUUGGGAGCUCCUCGUCUUUGCAUCCACCAUAAACAAGUACAUUUAAAGUCACAGCAUUGCAUUUUUUGUCCUACGGUUCAGAUCAUUACGCAGAAGAACUUAUUCCAAAGAAUCCAAGAACUGCCUUUAUAUAAACUCGGUUACAACUCUGGUUUCUCUAGACCAUCUUUGAGCACGCUCACAAGGCCGCAUUGCAUCGCCAAUCCAAUGACGUCCUCUGAUAGCGAAGGCGUCGAACUGAAACACGACCGUCCCACUUAUGUCUUCUCAAGGCUCUCGCCAAACCUCACCAAGGUUGUGGAGUACGACUCCUUUACUCAAUAUCCCUUCCUGUAUCUCAUACAUGGCAAAGACAAGCUUGUCUUGCUAGACACGGGAUGUGGGUCGGGUGAUCUUGCUGGAUUUGUGACCAGUCACGAACUAAACCCGCGCAAGCUGCCGGUCUAUGUGGUCUGUAGUCAUAGCCACUUUGACCACAUUGGCGGCAACUGGCACUUUAGUGGGCCGGGGGGGAAGGCUUCCUUCUGUGUGGAGCUGGCGUUUGGGGAGGGCCGGCGCGAUUACACGGAACACUGGAAAGCAAACAUCUUUGGGGACCAGGUCAAAGACUUUGCCAUCACGAAGUGGCUGGCGGAUGGGGAAACUAUUCAGAUGGGUCCCGAGCCCGACACUACCGAAGACAUCAGAGUGAUCCACACCCCAGGGCACACACCUGACGAGAUCGCGCUGUAUUACGCCAAGGAAAGGCGGCUCUUUGUUGGGGACAGCUUCUACCAGUGGCAGCCGAUCUUCAUCCCAAAAGAUGGCGAGAGUUUGGACGCAUUCAAAGGAUCGGUGUCAAGACUGCUUACGUUGGUCGAGUCGGAAGAGGCAAAGGAUUCGCAGGCGAGUCCGAUUGUCAUGUGCUGUGGCCAUGUCGACGAUUUCCUGCCGGCGAGAACGGCCCUUCAACAGGUUGAGAAGUUGGUGUCGGGGAUACAGGACGGGUCUCUACCGCAUAUCAAGAAUACAGCGUUUGGCAUGCAGCUGGACGAGUACAGAUUAGACAGCUUUUCGAUUGGGUUCAUGCAAGAUGCGCUUGCUGAAAACAGUACGUGUUGUUACUCAGGCAGUGGGCACACGCAUCAAUAGCUUAAUACGGCGUACAUAACAUAGUCCUGCACGCUAGCACCUUCUACUUAGAUAUAUCAACUGAGAUGCUUAUAAGACUCUCAAAAAUUCGCUGACAACGAAAUUUAUGUAUAUUGUCAAAUCCUUGCAGUAUAGCUGUCCAAGUAUCCGGAUAACUUGAGUGGUUUUGUUGACACUCCUUCGAUUGUCAUUGGCCGGCCAGACCCGUUCACUAUAGGUAGUAGUUUCCUGAGUCUGGCAUCGACAGAAGCAUGAUGUAUUGCGGGCCAAUCAAAACCAAACCACUGAACAGCGGCCAGCUCUGCAG